AUGGGGAUCUUGGCGCAAGCGCUACCAUGGAACCACAUUGAGGAUCACUUUCUUCACCUUGCUUUCCGUUACAUUUGCAAGGACAUCAAGAUCUUUGGCUGUACGUGGGUGGGCAGAGAAGCUGCAGGAAUGUGCUUCCUUCAUAAACUUUUGUCAACUAUCAAAGGUGGCCUUUUGGAACUCGGUCAAACGGCGCCUUCACAAGAUUCUCAAAGAGAAUCACUCUUAGGAGCAUUUCCAAUAUCCAAGCAAAUGCCCGUCAUAGCAGAAGAAGACAAGGAUGAAGAAAUGAACACGAAAGUCAUUGAUCUUGCCAAUGAAGAACAAGAAGAAGAAGAAGGUGAUUCAGAGGGAGAAGACUUCCAAGGUGUUGCUCCAGACUAUGAUGAAGAUGUGGAGGACAAGCUUGAUGAAGAAACGGACUCACCUGAAGAUACAGCUCCAAAGGCCACCACAAAUCCUUAUCAUACCCAAGAGUCCAGAAAACAGGCAAACCGUCUAAAUGUAUUGAUGGGACGGGUUGUGAGCAAGCUUCUUUCUGAGGAUCUUGACUGUGUCAAAGCCAAGAAGCGUCAAUCUAAGGGUUCAAACAAACCCCGAGGCUACUUCCACAAGAUCAACUUUUCUCACAACAAUUGGGAUAUGCUUGCGGAUUUGACCAACAAGCUCGCGCCUUUCCUUGAUCUCACAAAGCUCAUGGAGGGCAACGGGCCCACUGGCUCAAUGGUUAUUGCCAAGUUUUAUGCACUCAAGGCUCAUCUGGACAGCCGAGCAAAAGAGCUUUCCAUGGGAGAGGCUCUUUUGCCAAUGAUUUCCUCAAUGCAAUCACAAAAAUUCAAGAAGCGUAAAAAGGAGCACAAUUCAAUUACCAAUGCAAAUGAAAUCACAGUAGUAUCUGAUCCAGCAACCUCAAACUCCAGCAACUCCGGAGUGAAAAGUGUAUUUGAUUUAUUCAAAAGUCAAGAUCCUGAAGUGGCGCGUGACAAAGUCACUUCCUACUUGAAGGGAACUCAUCCCAUGGCUGCUUCUGACAACGCAAGGGAUUGCAAAGCGGUCCUACCAUGGUGGAGUUUACACCAAGGUGAAUGA